GGCAUUGGGAAAACAGUCUUAACACAGAAGUUCACUCUGGACUGGGCUGAAGACAAAGCCAACCAGGACAUACUGUUCACAUUUCAAUUCACUGUCAGAGAGCUGAAUGUGUUGAAAGAGAAAAAGUACAGCUUGGUGGAACUUGUUCACCACUUCUUUACUGAAACCAGAGAAGCAGGAAUCUACAGGUUUGAAGAGUUCCAGGUGGUCUUCAUCUUUGACGGUCUGGAUGAGUGCCAACUUCCUCUGGAUUUCCAUAACAAUGAGAUCCUGACUGAUGUUACAGAGUCCACCUCAGUGGCUGUGCUGUUGACAAACCUGAUAAGGGGGAAACUGCUUCCUUCUGCUCACCUCUGGAAAACCACACGACCUGCAGCAGCCAAUCAGAUCCCUCCUGAGUGUGUUGGCAUGGUGACAGAAGUCAGAGAGUUCACUGACCCACAGAGGGAGGAGUACUUCAGGAAGAAAUUCAGAGAUGAGGAGCAAGCCUGCCCAAUCAUCUCCCACAUCAAGACAUCACGAAGCCUACACAUCUUACCAAAAAGUGCAACUCACCGGAGACGGGUGGACAGGCGCUCCGCAGCUGAGACGGACCGCCUGUGGUUGGUGUGCAUCCGUGAUAUCCUGGCACCAAUCCUCACCAACAGGUCAUCAAACUGGGCCCUGGUCAUCCUGAAAUAA